AUGGCUGGAUCGAGCCCGUUACCCCACAAGCCCAGGCGCAAGGGCAAGAAACCCGGCAGUGCAACCGAGAAGCCUCUACGAACCCGCGUCGCCAAUGCCACCCUGGUCCGGGCUCCCUCGUUUCCUCUCGCGGCGUUCCUCUGGCCGGCUAGGAGAUCAUCGUCGCAAUGGGAGGUCCUGCCCUUGGUCUUGAUGGUCGUCGGCCUCUUCCGAUGGGCUGCUGGACUCUGGGGCUAUUCAGGCCUCCAACGACCACCAAUGUUCGGAGACUACGAGGCGCAGCGGCACUGGAUGGAAAUCACGACGCAUCUUCCCGUAUCGCAGUGGUAUUUCCACGACCUCCAAUGGUGGGGCCUCGACUACCCGCCUCUCACGGCCUACCACAGCUGGGUUCUGGGCAAAGUGGGAGCCCUGAUCAACCCCGACUGGUUCGCACUCUACACUUCUCGCGGAAUCGAGGACCCUAACUUGAAGGUUUUCAUGAGGGCCACCGUCUUCAUCUCUGAAUACUUGACCUACGCCCCAGCCGCCAUUGUCUUUGUCCGACGAUAUAGCCGACUCAGCUCCGUCUCCCAAUGGACAGCCUCCGUCGCUCUGGUCGCCAUCUUGAUGCAGCCCUCGACCAUCCUGAUCGAUCAUGUCCACUUCCAAUACAACACCGUCAUGCUGGGACUAGUCCUAGCCAGCAUGUCGAGUAUGUUGGCCGAGCGCUACAAGUGGGCUGCGGUGUUCUUUGUUGGAGCACUCGGAUUCAAGCAAAUGGCGCUGUACUAUGCCUUCCCGGUCUUCGCAUAUCUUCUGGGGAGGUGCCUUUUCCCGCUAAAUAUUUCACGACUGUUCGGUAUUACCCUGGUCACCAUUAUCAGUUUUGCCGCCCUUGUUUUGCCCAUCGUCCUCGGGACCUACUACGAUGUCUACCGCAAAGUGAACCCUGGAAACGAGGCAGAUGGCCCCCCUUCAGAGCUCCCUAUCUUUACAGCCCUUGCACAGUACCUGGAUACCAAAGCCUUCUACUAUCCCAUCGUCCAGCAGAUCGUCCAAAUCAUCCACCGCGUAUUCCCCUUUGCUCGUGGCCUUUUCGAGGACAAGGUGGCCAACUUUUGGUGCGCCUUGAACGUCAUCGUGAAGCUUAAGAGCUUUCCAGUCGAACUACUCCAAAAAGGUGCUGCCGCCGCUACCCUUCUAUCCAUCAUCCCUCCCAACCUGGUCACUUUCGUUCGGCCAAGAAGGGAGACCCUCCCCCUUGCGUUUGCAACAACUGCGUGGGGAUUUUUCCUCUUCAGCUGGCAAGUGCAUGAGAAGAGCGUCCUCCUUCCCUUAAUGCCUAUGACUCUUCUCCUCGCAGGAAGACAGGGAUUAGAGUGGGAGACUCGGGCUUGGGUCGGGUUCGCUAACCUCCUGGGUGCCUGGACCAUGUUCCCCUUGCUCCAGCGUGUUGAUCUCGCUGUUCCCUAUGGAGUGCUGACGCUGCUCUGGGCCUACCUGUUGGGACUACCCCCCACUACCUGGAGUGUUUACACCGAAGGUGCGAUGACUUGGUCCAAGAUCAUCACGCUUGUGACCCACAGUGUUUUCUAUGUUGCUAUGAUUGCAUGGCAUUUUGUCCAGGCAUACCUCGCUCCACCAUUGAACAAGCCUGACCUAUGGACAGUAGCCAAUGUCGGCGUGGGGGUUGUCGGCUUCGGACUCUGCUACCUGUGGUGUUUCUGGAAAUUGGUUUCCCACAGUGAUCUAGUCUCUUCCACAAAGAAGACUCAAUGA